UACAAUACUCGCGUUUGAACACGGACUUGCUGAAUGCAGGAUACUAGUAUAGCUAUUAGUCAAAGUUAAAAUAUCGAUAAAUUUCUCACAUUUUUAUUAUUUACUUCGAAUAACGUAAACAUGUCUGACCGCUUAACUCAACUCCAGGACACUGUCAAUCAACAAGCUGAGCAUUUUUGCAACGCUAUUGGCAUAAUUCAACAGACAUCGUAUCCAAGCAAGUUUUUAAAUUUUGAUCGUAUGGGAUCACAAACUCCCAUUAGAUCAAACACGCAAGAAGAUUACGCUCAACUUUUUGCCCAACUCAUUUCUCGUUGUGCAAAAGACAUAGAUACCCUAAUUGAGUCAUUACCAAAUGAAGACAGUUCCACGGAGCUUCAACAUCAAAGCCUCAGAAGACUAGAGAUUGAAAAUCAGGAAUCUGCCAAAAGGCUUGAAGAAAUUGUUCAAAAUGGCGAACUUUUACUUGAAAAUAUACAAAUAGCACUUGAAGAUAUUGCUCAGGCUCAAUUAGAAAUGCAUGUUACGUCUACACAUCGUUUCUAAGUUAUAAAUUGUUAGUUGGCAAAUUUUUCAACGUGAAUAUCUCCAAAGAAAAUAUUGUAAAUGAGUUCUUGAUAUUUAAUAAUUAAAUGUUUACAAACAAUGCAAUUUAAUAUAAAAAGGUUGGUUUUAGUAUAAGAUUCCACGAUUUCUGGAUUAUAAUAGUUGUGGUCGAAUAGAGGAGAUUCUCCAGAAUAAGAAUAUAUGAAUAUGGCCAAUAUCCAUUAACGUUUAAAAAUUAACAACAUUUAAAUUGUUAUUUCUCGAUUUAUAUUGAUUUUUUAUUUCUAUUAUACAAUUUUUUAACAUUAAUACUUUCCACAUGUAUAUUAGUUAUUACGAUAUUUGCUGUAAAUAAAUAUUUAAUAUUUUAAACAA